GCUAUGCUGCUCUUAAACCCAGUCUGUGCAGUUAGAUCAACAAAGAGAAGAUGCUGCCAUUAAUGCAUUUCCUCAACUACCUAUCCAACGCUCACAACCACAACUAGAAAGAGUGAAACCCUCGCGUGGUGGUUGUGCUUCUUCUUCAUUCAUUCAUUCACUCUCUCUCAUUAUUCUCAUUUCUCUUUCUAAAACUGCUCCGCCAGUGGUUGUGGUGGUGGCGCGAUGUGGAACUCGGCGGAGAACGCGUUUGCCAGAUCGGCGUCGUUUAGAAGAGAAGGUCAAGAAGACGAGGACGCGCUACGCUGGGCGGCGCUUGAGCGGCUUCCGACGUACAAGCGAGCGCGCCGCGGGAUCUUCAAGAAUCUCACCGGCGAUAUGAAGGAAGUCGAUGUCACCGAUCUUCAAGCGCAGGAGCAGCGCCUUCUUCUCGAGAGGCUCGCCGAUAGUGAUCCUGAGCGGCUCUUCCGUCGCGUUAGAAGCCGAUUCGACGCAGUAGAUUUGGAGUUUCCGAAGAUUGAAGUUAGAUUUCAGAACUUGACUGUUGAGACUUUUGUACAUGUUGGAAGCAGAGCUUUGCCUACAAUUCCCAAUUUCAUUUCAAAUAUGACUGAGGCUCUUUUAAGACAGUUGAAGAUAUACAGGAAAAAGAGAAGCAAAUUGACAAUUCUUGCGGACAUUAGCGGGAUUAUCAGACCUUCAAGGCUAACGUUACUAAUGGGUCCGCCAAGCUCUGGAAAAACGACACUGCUGUUAGCUCUUGCUGGUAGGCUAGGACCUGGUUUGCAGAUGUCAGGGAACAUUACGUACAAUGGACAUCGUCUGAAUGAGUUUGUUCCUCAGAGAACAGCUGCUUAUGUCAGCCAACAAGAUUGGCAUGUGGCAGAAAUGACUGUAAGGGAAACUCUCCAGUUUGCGGGUCGCUGUCAAGGCGUUGGAUUUAAUUUUGAUAUGUUGCUGGAACUUGCCAGAAGAGAAAAGAAUGCUGGAAUAAAACCCGAUGAAGAUCUUGAUAUAUUCAUGAAGUCAUUAGCUCUCGGUGGACAGGAAACAAAUCUUGUGGUGGAAUACAUCAUGAAGAUUUUAGGUUUGGACAUAUGUGGUGACACAUUGGUAGGGGAUGAAAUGAUUAAGGGCAUCUCAGGGGGACAAAAGAAGCGGCUCACUACAGGUGAGUUAAUAAUUGGUCCAGCAAGAGUGCUAUUCAUGGAUGAGAUAUCAACUGGUCUUGAUAGUUCGACUACUUAUCAGAUUAUCAGACAUCUUAAGCAUUCAACUCGUGCACUUGAUUCAACCACAAUUAUAUCUCUUCUUCAACCAGCUCCUGAGACCUAUGAGUUGUUUGAUGAUGUUAUUCUUUUGUCUGAGGGACAGAUAGUAUAUCAGGGGCCCCGUGAAUCUGCUCUUGAUUUUUUCAAAGUGAUGGGAUUCAGUUGUCCUGAGCGAAAAAAUGUAGCAGAUUUCUUACAGGAAGUUACUUCCAAGAAAGACCAAGAGCAGUACUGGUCCGCUUUUGAACGCCCUUACCGGUACAUACCUGUUGGGAAGUUUGCUGAGGCAUUUUCCUUGUAUCGUGAGGGAAAGAGUUUGUCUGAGGAACUAAAUGUUCCUUUCGAUAGGCGUUAUAAUCAUCCAGCCGCCUUGGCAACUUGUACCUAUGGCGCGAAAAGGCUUGAACUUCUCAAGAUUAAUUUCCAGUGGCAGAAGCUUCUUAUGAAGCGGAAUUCAUUUAUUUAUGUAUUUAAAUUUGUUCAGCUGUUUUUGGUUGCUUUAAUAACAAUGAGUGUUUUCUUCCGAACAACGAUGCACCACAAUACAAUUGACGAUGGAGGCUUGUAUCUUGGAGCACUCUACUUUUCUAUGGUUAUUAUUCUUUUCAAUGGUUUUACGGAGGUGUCGAUGUUAGUUGCAAAGCUUCCGGUUCUUUACAAGCACAGAGACUUGCACUUCUAUCCUAGCUGGGCAUAUACACUCCCUUCUUGGUUCCUUAGUAUCCCAACUUCCAUCAUGGAGGCUGGAUGCUGGGUAGUGGUUUCAUACUAUGCAAGUGGCUAUGAUCCUGCAUUUACUAGAUUUUUGCGGCAGUUCUUGCUUUAUUUCUUUCUGCACCAGAUGUCUAUAGGUCUGUUUCGUUUGAUAGGAUCCUUGGGCCGGAAUAUGAUUGUGGCAAAUACAUUUGGAUCAUUUGCCAUGUUGGUUGUAAUGGCUCUUGGCGGAUAUAUAAUUUCGAGAGACCGUAUACCGAGUUGGUGGAUAUGGGGAUUUUGGGUUUCUCCUUUGAUGUAUGCACAGAAUUCAGCUUCUGUUAAUGAGUUCCUUGGACAUUCAUGGGAUAAGAAAGCUGGAAAUCAGACCACCUAUUCAUUGGGUAUGGCAGUAUUAAAACAGCGGAGUCUGUAUCCAGAGAGCUAUUGGUAUUGGAUUGGUCUUGGUGCAAUGGUUGGAUAUACGAUUUUGUUCAACAUUCUAUUUACGAUCUUCUUAGCUUACCUUAAUCCAUUGGGAAGACCACAAGCUGUAGUUUCAAAGGAAGAGUUGCAAGAAAGAGAAAAGAGAAGAAACGGUGAAAGUGUUGUCAUUGAAUUGAGAGAGUACUUGCAGCAUUCGGCAUCAAAUGGAAAGCAUUUUAAGCAAAGAGGAAUGGUUCUCCCAUUUCAACCACUUUCCAUGGCUUUUAGCAAUAUCAAUUACUAUGUGGAUGUCCCUUUGGAAUUGAAACAACAAGGGAUAUUAGAAGAUAGGCUGCAGCUGCUUGUUAAUGUUACUGGAGCUUUUAGGCCUGGUAUAUUGACAGCAUUGGUUGGAGUAAGUGGUGCUGGGAAAACUACACUAAUGGAUGUAUUAGCUGGAAGAAAAACUGGUGGAGUCAUAGAAGGAAGCGUAUAUGUAUCUGGUUAUCCCAAAAGACAAGACACUUUUGCAAGAAUUUCUGGUUACUGUGAGCAGACUGAUGUUCAUUCCCCUUGCUUGACUGUCUGGGAGUCCUUACUGUUUUCUGCUUGGCUUCGAUUAUCUUCAGAUGUUGACUUCGAGACACAAAAGGCCUUCGUUGAGGAGAUAAUGGAGCUUGUGGAGCUCACUCCUUUAAGUGGAGCACUGGUAGGUCUACCUGGAAUUGAUGGUCUGUCAACAGAACAACGAAAAAGGUUGACCAUAGCAGUGGAACUGGUUGCCAACCCUUCAAUAGUCUUCAUGGAUGAACCCACAUCAGGAUUGGAUGCUCGGGCUGCUGCCAUUGUGAUGAGAACUGUGAGGAAUAUAGUUAAUACUGGGCGAACAAUUGUGUGCACGAUCCAUCAGCCUAGCAUAGACAUAUUUGAAUCCUUUGAUGAGCUUUUGUCUAUGAAGCGGGGAGGAGAGCUCAUAUAUGCUGGUCCACUUGGCCCUAAAUCUAGAGAACUUAUAAGUUAUUUCGAGGCAAUCGAAGGAGUUCCAAAGAUCAGGUCUGGAUAUAAUCCUGCUACAUGGAUGCUGGAGGUUACUUCUUCAGCAGAAGAAAGCCGAUUGGGAGUGGACUUUGCAGAAAUUUACCGAAGAUCAAGUUUAUAUCAAUAUAACCAAGAGUUAGUCGAAAGCUUGAGCAAGCCAAGUAGUAAUGCAAAAGAAUUGCAUUUCCCAACCAAGUACUGCCGGUCAUCUUUUGAGCAGUUCCUAACCUGUCUUUGGAAGCAAAAUCUAUGUUACUGGCGAAAUCCUCAGUACACGGCUGUUCGCUUCUUCUACACUGUCAUCAUCUCAUUGAUGCUUGGGACCAUAUGCUGGAGAUUUGGUGCUAGGAGGGAGACACAGAAAGAUCUAUUUAAUGCCAUGGGAUCCAUGUAUUCUGCAAUCCUCUUCAUUGGCAUAACAAAUGGCACAGCUGUUCAACCUGUUGUUUCUGUGGAAAGAUUUGUUUCGUAUAGAGAAAGAGCUGCAGGAAUGUACUCGGCUUUAUCAUUUGCAUUUGCUCAGGUUGUUAUUGAGUUUCCAUAUGUGUUUGCCCAGGCUAUGAUAUACUCUUCAAUAUUCUACUCCAUGGCUGCCUUUGUCUGGACUGUUGAUAGGUUCAUUUGGUACUUGUUCUUCAUGUACUUCACCAUGUUGUAUUUUACCUUCUACGGAAUGAUGACUACGGCUAUCACACCAAAUCAUAAUGUUGCUGCCAUCAUUGCUGCUCCAUUUUACAUGUUGUGGAACCUUUUCAGUGGUUUUAUGAUUCCUCAUAAGAGAAUCCCUAUGUGGUGGAGAUGGUACUACUGGGCAAACCCUGUAGCCUGGAGUCUGUAUGGUCUCCUAACUUCACAGUAUGGUGAUGAUAGUAAUUUGGUGAAGCUAUCUGAUGGAAACAUGAGCCCCAUAAGGCUAGUACUCAAAGAAGUGUUCGGGUACAGGCAUGAUUUCUUGUGCUUUGCUGCUACUAUGGUAGCUGGCUUCUGCAUAUUUUUUGCAAUUAUAUUUGCCUUUGCAAUUAAAUCCUUCAAUUUCCAAAGGAGAUGAUGGGAUGGAUUUGCUAGCCACUAAGAGAUACCGUCCUCAAUUGUGUGUUAGUUUCUCAAUAAGCAUGACAUCUGUAUAGCGAUAUAAUUAUAACAUUAUAGCAUAGAUUUUAUAUGAUUUUAGGGUUUUGAAAACCAAUAAAUACUAUCAAAAUGAUUCUUUUUUUCGUAAUUUGGGGGCAUAUUUGUUGUAAAGUGACAUAUGAUUAGUUUGUAGGGUCUUUUGUUAAGUUAUAAAGUCAGAUUACUGUUUUGUUUAA